AAAUAGCGAAAGUAUUUCUGGAGAAAGGUAACAAAGAAUACAGACAAGGAGAAGCUAAUAAGGCGAUAAACUCCUACACGGAAGGACUUAAAGUGAACUGCAAGGAUGAACGACUCAACGCCAAGCUUUACAGCAACAGGGCAACAGCUCAUUUCCGUUUGGCAAACUACGUGGAAUGUCUCGAUGAUGCAACAGUUGCCGUUCAAUUGGAACCCUCUUUAAUCAAAGCUAUUAGAAAAGGUGGGUGUUUCAGACAUAAGCCAUCAACAUUCUAUUCUCUGAUUUCGUCAAAAGAGGAUUGUGUGUACCAUCAACGUCAUCUAGAAAUUGCUAAAGAAGUGGGAGACAAGGCCGGAGAGGGAAGAAGUUAUGGCAAUCUCGGCAACGCUUAUCAAGGUCUAGGAGAGUUCAAAACAGCCAUCAAGUACCAUCAACGUCAUCUAGAAAUUGUUAAAGAAGUGGGAGACAAGGUCGGAGAGGGAAAAAGUUAUAGCAAUCUCGGCAACGCUUAUGACGGUCUAGGAGAGUUCAAAACAGCCAUCAAGUACCAUCAACGUCAUCUAGAAAUUGCUAAAGAAGUGGGAGACAAGGCCGGAGAGGGAAGAAGUUAUGGCAAUCUCGGCAACGCUUAUCAAGGUCUAGGAGAGUUCAAAACAGCCAUCAAGUACCAUCAACGUCAUCUAGAAAUUGCUAAAGAAGUAGGAGACAAGGCCGGAGAGGGAACAAGUUAUGGCAAUCUCGGCAACGCUUAUCAAGGUCUAGGAGAGUUCAAAACAGCCAUCAAGUACCAUCAACGUCAUCUAGAAAUUGCUAAAGAAGUGGGAGACAAGGCCGGAGAGGGAGCAAGUUAUUGCAAUCUCGGCAACGCUUAUGACGGUCUAGGAGAGUUCAAAACAGCCAUCAAGUACCAUCAACGUCAUCUAGAAAUUGCUAAAGAAGUGGGAGACAAGGCCGGAGAGGGAGCAAGUUAUUGCAAUCUCGGCAACGCUUAUGACAGUCUAGGAGAGUUCAAAACAGCCAUCAAGUACCAUCAACGUCAUCUAGAAAUUGCUAAAGAAGUGGGAGACAAGGCCGGAGAGGGAAGAAGUUAUGGCAAUCUCGGCAACGCUUAUCAAGGUCUAGGAGAGUUCAAAACAGCCAUCAAGUACCAUCAACGUCAUCUAGAAAUUGCUAAAGAAGUGGGAGACAAGGCCGGAGAGGGAAGAACUUAUGGCAAUCUCGGCAACGCUUAUGACAGUCUAGGAGAGUUCAAAACAGCCAUCAAGUACCAUCAACGUCAUCUAGAAAUUGCUAAAGAAGUGGGAGACAAGGCCGGAGAGGGAGCAAGGAAAAGUUAUGGCAAUCUCGGCAACGCUUAUCACGGUCUAGGAGAGUUCAAAACAGCCAUCAAGUACCAUCAACGUCAUCUAGAAAUUGCUAAAGAAGUGGGAGACAAGGCCGGAGAGGGAAAAAGUUAUGGCAAUCUCGGCAACGCUUAUCAAGGUCUAGGAGAGUUCAAAACAGCCAUCAAGUACCAUCAACGUCAUCUAGAAAUUGCUAAAGAAGUGGGAGACAAGGCCAGAGAGGGAAGAAGUUAUGGCAAUCUCGGCAACGCUUAUCAAGGUCUAGGAGAGUUCAAAACAGCCAUCAAGUACCAUCAACGUCAUCUAGAAAUUGCUAAAGAAGUGGGAGACAAGGCCGGAGAGGGAAAAAGUUAUGGCAAUCUCGGCAACGCUUAUGACGGUCUAGGAGAGUUCAAAACAGCCAUCAAGUACCAUCAACGUCAUCUAGAAAUUGCUAAAGAAGUGGGAGACAAGGCCGGAGAGGGAAGAAGUUAUGGCAAUCUCGGCAACGCUUAUCAAGGUCUAGGAGAGUUCAAAACAGCCAUCAAGUACCAUCAACGUCAUCUAGAAAUUGCUAAAGAAGUGGGAGACAAGGCCGGAGAGGGAAGAAGUUAUGGCAAUCUCGGCAACGCUUAUCAAGGUCUAGGAGAGUUCAAAACAGCCAUCAAGUACCAUCAACGUCAUCUAGAAAUUGCUAAAGAAGUGGGAGACAAGGCCGGAGAGGGACGAAGUUAUGGCAAUCUCGGCAACGCUUAUGACAGUCUAGGAGAGUUCAAAACAGCCAUCAAGUACCAUCAACGUCAUCUAGAAAUUGCUAAAGAAGUGGGAGACAAGGCCGGAGAGGGAAGAAGUUAUGGCAAUCUCGGCAACGCUUAUGACGGUCUAGGAGAGUUCAAAACAGCCAUCAAGUACCAUCAACGUCAUCUAGAAAUUGCUAAAGAAGUGGGAGACAAGGCCGGAGAGGGAAGAAGUUAUGGCAAUCUCGGCAACGCUUAUCAAGGUCUAGGAGAGUUCAAAACAGCCAUCAAGUACCAUCAACGUCAUCUAGAAAUUGCUAAAGAAGUGGGAGACAAGGCCGGAGAGGGAAGAAGUUAUGGCAAUCUCGGCAACGCUUAUCAAGGUCUAGGAGAGUUCAAAACAGCCAUCAAGUACCAUCAACGUCAUCUAGAAAUUGCUAAAGAAGUGGGAGACAAGGCCGGAGAGGGAAGAAGUUAUGGCAAUCUCGGCAACGCUUAUCAAGGUCUAGGAGAGUUCAAAACAGCCAUCAAGUACCAUCAACGUCAUCUAGAAAUUGCUAAAGAAGUGGGAGACAAGGCCGGAGAGGGAGCAAGUUAUGGCAAUCUCGGCAACGCUUAUCAAGGUCUAGGAGAGUUCAAAACAGCCAUCAAGUACCAUCAACGUCAUCUAGAAAUUGCUAAAGAAGUGGGAGACAAGGCCGGAGAGGGAAGAAGUUAUGGCAAUCUCGGCAACGCUUAUCAAGGUCUAGGAGAGUUCAAAACAGCCAUCAAGUACCAUCAACGUCAUCUAGAAAUUGCUAAAGAAGUGGGAGACAAGGCCGGAGAGGGAAGAAGUUAUGGCAAUCUCGGCAACGCUUAUCACAUGAGUUUUGAGUGCCAAGGAAGUCUUAUGAGGGCCUUUGACUAUUAUUACUCGAGUGUAGAAUUGUAUGAUGAUAUCAGGGCCAGUCUUCAACUCAACGAUCAGUGGAAGAUUUGUUAUCGUAAUCAGCACCAAGUAGCAUACAAAGGUUUGUGGCGUAUAAAUCUCAAUCGAGGUCAAGUUGUGAAGGCUCUUCUUGCCACAGAGAAAGGACGUGCUCAAGCUCUGAGAGAUCUCAUGGUCACAAAAUAUCAGCCUGGAGAUUCUUUAACGCCCAGCGCAUCCCGCAUUUCUCUGAGGUGGGUUCCAUUGAGCACAGUUUUCAUAGCCAUUAAUGGACCAUGCGUUUACUUCUGGGUUUGCCUCAGUGAAAAUAAUAUCCAGAUGAGGCAAGUACACGUCAACAAUUAUAAGUUUGAGGAUGAAUUGGAAGUUUUCAUCCAGCACCUGAACAAAACUGCUCUUAAGGAAAUCGGUGCAAAAGGUACUAUUACAAUCGAAAAUCCUCCGCUUGACUCGCUGACAGAAGAGGAAGUGGCCAAUGAUGUGAUCCGAGUUGAUGUGAGGCACUCCCAAUCAAGUGCUUUAAAGAAGCUGCAUGACAUCAUCGUUACUCCUAUUGCUGACCUGAUCGAAGGCAACGACGAGAUCACAUUCGUUCCUGAGGGGCCAUUUAGCCUUGUACCUUAUGCAGCGUUGCAGGACUCCAACUCAUCAUAUCUAAGUGAUUCUUUCAGAAUUCGUGUGCUUCCCUCUCUGACGACCUUGCAACUAAUUCAUGAUUGUCCAGCUGACUUUCACAUGAAGACUGGUGCAUUGCUUGUCGGCGACCCAUGUUUCAAACAUAUCAUCUAUGAGGGAGGACUUUUGGUGCAACUUCCAGGAGCAAGGAAAGAAGUGGAGAUGAUCGGACGUAUCCUCAAUGUCUCCCCUCUCACUGGAGAAAUGGCAACAAAACAUGAAGUGUUAAAACGAAUAUCAUCAGUGGCGUUAGUUCAUAUUGCCGCGCACAGUAAAAUGGAAACUGGAGAAGUUAUCCUGGCACCAAACACCACAAGAGAUAACCCUCAGCCGCAAGAGAAAGACUAUCUACUGACGAUGAAAGAUGUCAUACAAGCUGGGUUGCGGGCACGUCUGGUUGUACUUAGCUGCUGUCACACUGCUCGUGGGGAGGUCAUGGCCGAGGGUGUUGUCGGCAUGGCGCGUGCACUUUUGGGUGCCGGUGCCAGAUCUGUUGUGGUAACCUUAUGGGCGAUUGGCGACGAGGGAACCCUGGAGUUCAUGAAUUUCUUCUACGAUGCACUUUCUGAAGGCAAGAAGGCCAGUGAAGCUCUCAAUCAGGCCAUGAAGUGUAUGAGAGAAAUUGAAAAUUUCAAGGAGGUUUGGCACUGGGCACCAUUUGUACUCAUUGGUGACGACGUCAACCUGGAUUUCGAGGAGAUUUAGGAGCUGCAGCAAUUAAGGCAGUUAGCAUUGGAAUCCUAGGGAGUUUUCGGAUACCUACAAAUGCUGAUAUUUGGACCAGAAACCAGUAAGCUACCGAUGAAACCUUUGUCAAGAGUCUUCUUUUCAAAGCAGGAAGAACCAAAAGACGGCCAAAGUCAAGUUUAACAAGAGAACAGAUUUUCAUUGAUUCAAAAGUUGC